GGUAAAAGAACGUCGGCUGUAUAUACACGAGUAGAAGCAUAUAUAUAUAUAUAUGACAAUAUAGGACAUUAAUAUGAUAGAAGAAAGCUUUACUACUCAUUUCUGUUAGCAUUAUUUCUUUCUAUUAUCUUUAUUACUAUUAGCCUAUCUUAAGUAUUGUACCCAUUCUAGCGUUAUACUUUUUCCAGGAUUGCGUUAUUUACGUAGUUCAACCAACGGAUCUUCUCGAAGGUCCCCCCGAAAAUAAAAUCUUCAUCAAAAAGGGAAAAACCGGAAUAAACUCCUCUUUAUUGGGGUCAUGAGGCGACUUGUCAGACUCAAGCCCUGGACCUUUGUGUUGAGCCAACGGCAGCGUGGGAUCCACGGCGAGGUACGACACCAGAACACCGACUACAACAACACCCGCAUUCCAUGGGACUUCACAACGGCCAGCUAUGAGAAGAUCCACAACACGAUCCUCCCUAAGUUCCCGCGGGCCAGGCGGGGGUCUGCGACGAUUCCGCUGUUACAUCUCGCGCAGCAGCAGCAGGGCGGUUACAUCCCGGUCACGGCGAUGUACAAAAUUGCGAAGAUCUGCGAGGUCCCGCCAAUGCGGGUCUUCGAGACGGUCACUUUCUACUCCAUGUUCAAUCGCCACCCGGUCGGGAAGUACCACAUACAGUUCUGCCGUACCACCCCGUGCAUGUUGUGCGGCGUAGACGAGCUCAUUGAAAACACCAAACAUUACCUCAACGUCGAGAUGCACGGCACCACCAGCGAUGGCCUGAUCACGAUCGGCGAGAUGGAGUGCCUGGGUGCCUGUGUGAACGCGCCGAUGCUUGUGGUGAGCGAUUAUAGCAAUCCACCAAACUUUUCAUACGACUUCGUCGAGGAUUUGACAUGGGAUAGUAUUAAACAGCUCGUCGAGGACUUGCGCGAGGGCCGGCCUUUUAAGAUAGGCCCACAGCGGCUGGAUAGAAAGUGUGCGGAGCCUGCGGGUGGGCGUACUUCUCUUUUCUUCAAGGAGCCACCGGGCCCAUACUGCCGUGAUUUGGAUGCGAAGCCAGAGGAAAGGAAAUAG